AUGUCUACACCCAAGAUUGAUUCUCACCAGCACUUUUGGCACUACGAUCCCGUUGAAUUCGCUUGGUUAAACGAGGAUAUGAAGUCCUUGCGGAGAGAUUUCCUGCCUCCAGAAUUGAAGAACCAUCUCGAAGCUUACGGAAUGGAUGGGACGGUAGCCGUUCAAGCUCGCCAAUCCGAAGAGGAGACGAACUUUUUGUUAGGGCUUGCAGAGCAAUACCCUGAAGUGGUCCGUGGUGUUGUGGGAUGGUUGGAUCUCCGCGCUGAUGAUAUUGAGGAAAAACUUGCGCUCUACUCGAAACGAGAUAAGCUUGUUGGAGUUCGCCACAUCGUGCAAGAUGAACCGGACGAUGAGUUCUUAUUGCGCGAGAACUUCCUACGUGGCAUCAGCCUUCUGAAGAAGUACAACCUGACCUACGAUAUCCUAAUCUACCCGAAGCACUUGAAGGUAGCCAAGGAAUUCGUAGCGAAGUUCCCUGACCAGCCUUUCGUCAUCGACCACAUCGCGAAACCUUUCAUUAAGGACCACAUUAUCGGUGAGUGGGAGCAGGGCAUUCGCGAUCUGGCCGCUUUUCCGAACGUGUUUGUGAAGGUGUCUGGGAUGGUGACGGAAGGAAACUGGGCGAAUUGGAAGGAAGAGGACUUCACACCGUAUCUGGAUAUUAUUUUCGAUGCGUUCGGUGUGGAUCGCGUGAUGGUGGGAUCGGAUUGGCCGAUGAUGACGCUGUGCGGUGAAUAUGGGCAAGUGGUGGAUAUCGUGAAGAAGUACAUUUCCAAGUUCAGCGAGGCGGAUCAAGCGAAGAUUAUGGGCGGGAAUGCGAUUCGAUUCUAUAAGUUGAAGGUUUGAAUUCAUCGAAUGGAAUGAAAAUGGAAUGGAAUAGAA